UCUUACAUAGCUACAGUGCUCUCCUUCUGCAGCACAUCUCACAUUGGCUUCCUAGACGGAUAGUUCACUAAGGACAGUUGGAAAAUGGAGGCAGUCACGGAUGCCUUUCAGGGCUAUGGGGUGAGCACCACUAAUUACCUCCAGACCAACUAUAAGGAUGCACAGGGUUUGUUCCUGUGGGUGUCCUGGGCUGCUGACCUCAGGAACACCUUCUUCAUCUUCUUUCCUCUCUGGUUCCACCUGCGGGAGUCAGUGGGCAUCAAGCUCAUCUGGGUGGCAGUGAUCGGAGACUGGCUCAACCUGGUCUUCAAGUGGAUUCUGUUUGGCGAGAGGCCGUAUUGGUGGGUUCAUGAAACACCUUACUACAGCAAUACCACUGCACCUCACAUUGAACAAUACCCCAUGACCUGUGAGACUGGCCCAGGCAGUCCCUCUGGCCACGCUAUGGGAGCCGCAAGCGUCUACUACACACUGGUCACCUCCAUCCUAGCCAUCAUGCUGACCAAGAAGAAGACGAGAUCUUCCACCAAGGGCAUGUAUCUGCGGGGCACUCUGUGGGCAUUCUUCUGGGCAGUCCAGGUGUGUGUCUGUCUCUCCAGAGUAUUCAUUGCUGCCCACUUCCCCCACCAAGUCGUCUGUGGAGUUAUCACAGGUAUGGUUGUGGCCGAGGCCUUCAACAGAACCCAGUGGAUCUACGGAGCCAGUCUGAAGAAGUACUUCUACACCACCAUCUUCCUGCUCUCCUUCGCUGUGGGCUUCUACGUGCUGCUGAAGGCUCUGGGCGUGGACCUGCUGUGGACCCUGGAGAAAGCCCAGAAGUGGUGUGUGAGGGCUGAGUGGGUCCACAUGGACUCCACUCCCUUCGCCAGCCUCCUGCGCAACAUGGGCACCCUGUUUGGCCUGGGCCUGGGCGUGCACUCACCCCUCUACACCGAGAGCAAGAAGAACAGCAGCACCCCCUUCAGGGUGGGAUGUAUCGUUACCUCGCUGCUCCUGCUGCACCUCUUUGACUCCUUCAAGCCCCCCACGCACACCGCCGCCCUUUUCUACCUUCUGUCUUUCUGUAAGAGUGCCACUGUCCCCCUGGCAACCGUGAGCAUCAUCCCCUACUGCAUGUCAGGAGCGUUUAGCAGCAUACAGAGCAAGAAGCAUCUGUGAGGUCGUUGACUGCUGACACACAGACUUAUGUAUACGGAGCUCACUCCAGAAUUGUACAGUGUUCACUGGUGCUUCAAUCCUUAAUCAUUCCAUAUAUUGACUUUCUUCCCAAAUAGCCAAAGAGAUGAACAAUCUAUUGUGGUCUUUGUCUACUAUACAGUUCAUCCAGUCACUCACUGUAAAUGUCUUGUUUUCCUAUAUAUGCAUAGUGUGGACACUGAAAUGAAAGAACUAUCCAGCGUAUUACUCAGUGGCACUUAAGACACUGAUUUAAUUGUAUAAAAAAAUGAUAAUUUAGAAGUAGUUCAGUGCGAACUCAGGAGCCUAGAAAGUGAAUGUUUCCUUGCAGUUGCUUUGACUAAACCUCAUUUUGAAAAAAGAUAAAGCAAACUAGUCCAGGAGAAUGAGCCCAAAAGCUCUCGCAGGGACUUUAGUGGCCUGCUUUACAGUGUGUUCUAAGAAAGUAAUAUAUAACAAUGUUCAUAUUUGUUUUGUAACUGUUUUUCCUGUUAAAUAUUUUUGGAAAUUGUCAGAUAUUUAUAAUAAAAAUCUUUCAAAUACA